AUUUGGUGUUGAUCAGCAGGCAUGGAGGAAUUGUGACUGUCGAUCUUUUCUUGCGAAUUUGCAUCGAGAUUGUCGGACAUAGGGAUUUGUUCCAGCCUGCGAGACAGCUCGAACCGCAUAAAGCGUGUAGGACACGAGGCCUGAAUAAUCGACCAAUGCAUGGAAGCAUAGGAAGAACGUUGGUUUGCUCCGUUAUAAGACCGAGUCAAGACACGACCUUAGCGGGGAUGGUCUCACCUCCUUUCCGGAGCUUUCUCCAGUAAGUCUCCGCCGCAUUUGGUCGUAGUUACUCUACAGCUAUGGGCUGGUUACCAAGUUACCUCUAUGUCGACGAACGGAUGUGGCGACAGCACCGGCAACAACAUCAGCGCGGCGUCGACCCCAAAUUUAAUUCAUAGUCCUCCUCAUCCUCCUCCUCUCUAUGCAUAGGUUCUGUUGUAUCUUUGAGACGUCUCUAAACUACACUCUAUCACAUAGUCCUUCCUAUGCGUAGGCUCCGUUGUAUCCUAUUUCUCACUCUCCUCCUCCCCUACCCGCCGCUAGCAGACGCCAUGAGUUCCUUUCAAACGCAGGUAUCGCGGCAGGCCAAGAACGUUUUAGGACGGUUCCACACACUCCUUUUGAGUCGACUCAAAAGUCAUCUCGUUUUAGUACCUUUCUACACACUCCUACUUCUAACCCUCCUCCUGUCCCAUCCGCCGCGAGUCCGGGCGAUUAGCUCGUUUCGAAUGGAGGUAUCGCGGCAGGCCAAGUGCGUGGGGAAGGAGAUCCCUAAAUACGCGUUAGUAGCAGGCUCGUAUCGCGUGGUGGGUGCGGAGGACGGAGACGCCGAGCCUCCUUUUAAAGUUCAUCUGCAGCUGACCUCGCCAGAAGGCAAGCAGCUGCAUUACGGGCAGCGGCAGACAGAGGGGCACUUUGGGUUCAGGGCAGACGAGGCGGGGGAUUUCACGCUGUGCGUGUGGCUGUCCCGAGGCACAGAGAGGGAUGUGCCGGCAGCAGGGAGUGCCCGGGCAGGUCGCAGCAAAGCGAGGGAGAGAAGGAAGCUGGACGUGGCUUGGCGCGUGGGCAAGUCGCAUGAGGCGCAUCUCUCAGAAGCACCCAAGAAGGAGCAGAUUGAGACCUUUGACUCGGAGCUGAAAACGUUGGAAAACAUGGUUGCCUCUGUGGAGGCCGAGCUCGCAUUCUUCCAUGAGAGGGAAACAGAGAUGCGGGAUAUGGUCAGUGUGACGCAUUUCAGAGUGACGUGUAUCAGCCUGGCUUCGCUCCUCGUCUGCAUCUUCCUAGCAGCUCUACAGUUUUGGCACUACAAAACCUUCUUCCAACACAAGAAACUUCUAUGAAGCUUCUUGACCAUGUUUCUCUUGCCAUAAUAUGAGUGUCAAGUUGGUUUGCACCACAAGCUCUAGUCUUAUUCCAGCCCUUCGAGUUGUGCUACUCUCUCUUUGCAAGUUGCAACCAUAAAGGUUGCACUCACUC